AUGGCCACCCAUUCUCCCGAAGACAGCUCUGACGACGAAAAGCUCACCGCAGAGCUGGAGCAGUCGACGAGCAUCCAUUCCAAUGACUUUCCAGAAGUCUUCGUCACCGUCCGCGAGCUUUCUUCCGACGAAUGCAGCGACAUCAUUGUUACGCCGAAUCCCGCGGGUUCAACAUCCUUGAUCAUAUCAAUCGAACCACCUCCCGACGGCGGCGAGGAGGAAUCCAAACCUCCAGAAGCGAACGGCUGGGUUUCGCUGCCCUUUCUCGUACGAGGUAUCGAAGACCCAAAGGAACGAGUAGAUCUGUUCGAGGUGUGGCGGUAUAUGAUCACAUCAGAUGUUACCUCGGAGGUGAAGUCAAGACAAGAUCAGAUAUGGAGGAUGGAGAUGGAGGAGAAAUUGGAGUGGAUGGCCAUCGAAGAUAGGUCCCUGUCAGACAUGCUGGAUUUGGUGCUGGCAAUGGAGAGCAAUGUAUCUGCAAGAGAUGCACUGAUCUUAGUCUUCGAGGCUAUUGCGCGUGUCGACAAAGACGAGUUGGAUUGGAUGAAUCGACAACAGGUCGAAGCUGAAAUAGAAGAAGACAACUCUAGGGAGAUCCACGAGACUUCAGGUGUGGAUAGUGCUGGCGAGGAAGCUUUUCCUGUACAAGAGACAGACGAUGACGUAUUCCAAGCAAGCUUGGAAAAGGAGAUCCACGAGGCAGUUCUGUCCUUAGAAAGAGUAGCUUCAAUUGCAUCCGACAUCGUGGAGGAAGAGAAGCUGGAAGUGAAAAAUCUAUCUAGCUCAGAUGAACGACGGGAAGGAAGCGAUAAUUUGCGGAUUCAAUUGAUGGUCAAGAUAUACCAGCAGGAAACCGGCAAGCUUGCAGACGUUGAAGAACAAGACGAUGCCGCUGAGACGAAAGUGGGGAAUCCUGUUGAAGCAACGCCACAACAGAACCUCCAUGAGUCUCAUGCUGUGGAAUCCCCGAAUGAUCUCACUGAUACAAGUCUUCGCGAAGUCGACAAAGCUAGGAUCAACGAUGAUGCUCCAGAAUCCGUCCAAGACGCUGUCACAAGAUCGUUGAACGAAGUCCUCGAACUGGGAAACUCCGACGAUAAGAGCAUACAUAUCAUUCACAAAGACGGCGGACAUGCCAAAGAAACCCGACCUCAUAUCCAAAACGAUUCAAACGAGAAUAUCAAGGGAGAUUCCCCUGAUAAUGAAAAGGCCGAAUUUGACAUCUGUGACACGAUUGACGAAGGUGGCUCAGAGAAACCUUUCGACCCAGACGAGACUUUGGAAGAGCUUGACAGUGAUGAAGGAGAGAACACGACACAUGUAGAUACCAAAUACACUCUCAGUGAGCACAUCGAAGUUAUACCUCCGGACGAGAAGGCCAUGUCCACAGCCAUUGAACAAGAGACAGAUGGUCCUAGUCAUCCAAUUGGAGAAGAAGAUGUUGAAUCAGCCAUGAAACCAGAGGAAUUAGACGAAUUGUUAGACGAAUUGUUAGUUGAAGACAAGGAAGCAUGUAGGGGUGAGAUUGGCGAGAGUGUCGCGACCGUCCAUGUUCAGUGCGAUGAGACCUGCCAGGCUUUCAUGUCCUUGCUCUCGACAAUGGAGGAAUUAGAUCUCCCUCCAGAUAAAUUUUGCGGUCUUCUUGCACAAGUCUUUCCCACUGUCGCCGAAAGUAGAGCCCACGAGAGUACCGAGGUUCUCUCAAAAUUGGGCAAGUCACCAGCGAAAGGGUGUCUACUGAAAGAGGAAACCAAAGAGUCAACGAAAAUUCUCAUCCAAAACUUCACUCAAAGCCUCGAAGACCUGUACGAACAAGUCAAGGCAGGCCUUGAGGAAAGGCACAGUAAAAGGUCACCGAGCGCAGACUACGAAGAAACGACUGGUUCAUUCUUCACAGGCCUUUCAAGCUUGCUAAAGUUCGGGAAGCUUAUCUUGCAAAAAGAAGGAAGUGGAGAGACUGGUGUUGAAACAAUACGGUCCGACUUGAACUCAAAUCAAGAAGUCGACAACCAGAACGACAAACCUUCAACCAAGAAGAAGAAACCAAAUAACAGGAAGAGGAAGAAAAAGGCAAGGAAUCAAUCAGAGACAUCAAGGCUACCUGCCGGUUUGGAGACGCUUCUCAAGACUCCAGAUCAAACAUCAACCAUUCCAGAAUCCCAGACAGUUCACAAAAAGCUCAUUCCACUCGGCCGACCGAUCCAUUCAGAUGAGUCAUUUGGCUACAAGCUUUUCAGAGGCACGUUAAACAAAUUGGUGCAUCGACAAUUGCCUGUCAUUAUUGGCCACGAAGCAAAAGUUACACGGGCAACAUACCAGAGAGCGGCAACGCGGGCGCAAAGCGUACUUACGGAACUUGACCACGAGCUUGGGGUCGAGAGCGAUGAAAAGAAACGACACCAUGGAAAGUUUUGGGAGCUCUUAGACCAUCACGUCUACUCCAAGGUGUAUGAAGAACUUCUGGCAGGAAGUGUUUUCGUAAACAUGGAUAACGAAAAUUGGCCAAACACCGACGCAGGCAUCAAGAAGGAACCCAAGGACAUUUUCCUGGAAGAGAAGAAGUCACUUCUUACAAUCGGUGGACUUCUCGAAACUUCCCUCGAGCUUUUGUGUCUCAGUGAGCCAUUGGGAGAAUAUGGAGGGACGAAAAGUCACUUGAAUGACUGGAUCGAUCAGUACAUUACGCCGCUACGGAAAGAAAUCGAGGACGUACUUUGCAGGCUGACAAUGAAGAUGUGGCUGUAUGGCGACGAGUAUUGGGCAUUUGUACUCAACAAGGAUGGUGGAAACGAGUUCCUUGCAGAUAUAGCACGCCUUCCAGAGAUAUUCAAGAAAGCACAGAACAUGACUAUAAGCGCGCUCAAGGAAGCAUGGCGUCAGCACGCUGCCACGAACAAUUUCGACAUAGCUACGAAUACUUUCAAAUUUCCAAUUUCUACUCUAGUGCAGAUUCGAACUAUUGCCAUAGUUCGAGGACUUCAAUCCAAGGUAACCGAUGAGCUUGAGAAGAAACUCAGUGACCACGAUGCACUGGAGGAGGAGGAGGAGUUGACGGUUUUCGAUAUCGCGUCGUACCUCAAGAUAGCCUUCCCCGGAGAAAAAUGGACCUAUGCCAUGGUUCGACCUUGUGGUUUGAGCGAUAUGUUUCGAGCAACACGGGUAUCAAGCGGACAGGAUCAGUAUAAUUCAUGCAUUAUCAAAUGGGCGCCACCUUGUGUCCCGGGUCUCGGCACUGCUGGACCAGCACCCCACAUCAGACAAGAUAUUGAAACUUUUGCAUUAGAGACCUUUGGGAGUUUCCCUCUCAAGGAAUCCGAAACCGAUGAGCCUUGGGUCGCCGUACCUCGUCUCAUUAAACGGAGCCGCAAGAACUCGGUGUUGAUCAUGCACGAUGUAGGAGAGUUCACUACUUUAUGGGAAGUUUUCACAACAAUGGAUACUCAACAUUUUCAGAAUCUCCAAUUUGUAAUAGUUGGAGCUCGCCUCGGAAUGUGGUUCGCUAGUCUCCACGCAACACCUUUAUCCCGAGCCAAGUUUUACAAAGUCGGUGCGAAUACGAAGCAUUCCGAGCUUACAGAUCUGGUCCGUAAACAUAAAGUGGUGCCAAUCGAAGGCUACCUUCAAGCGCUUGGAAUUUCGGAUAGCCAAGAGCUCGGCAAAAGGAUCGUCGAUGAUUUCGACAGAGAGCUCGGAGGCGACUUUAUGGUCUUUGCCGUAGGUGAUGCAUCCCUCGAGACCGUGCUCGCCGGGAAAUUGUUUGGUGCUUUUCCCCGCCUUGCGAUCCUGGACUGGGAUUUUUCUGGUCCAGGCCGAGGUAUAAAUGGGGACAUGGCUCAAUUACUUGCAGGAGUGCAGUCAUUUUGGCUUUCCCAAAUCCGGAUGAUCGAGGAUGUGAUCUUGGCAAGGGCAAUGAAAGAAUUCACUGUAGGCCUUUUAGAAUAUGUUGAUAGUAUGCGGAAGAAAGGGUCCACGCUCGUCAUGGUGAAGAGCGCCCAACCUGAAGACUAUGGUCCGAAGAAGAGGCGUCUACCCCCAAAGGUUGCAACAGUUCUGAGGUCAGCUUUCAUCGCACACGGUAAGGAGCUGAUUUGUUUAGCUUGGGGCUAUGGUUACAGAUGUAUAUGCUGCGGGGUGGAUAAAAGAGAGUCAUGUGAAGUGCGAAAACGCAUAGUAGAGCACGCGGCUUGGUUCUUACGAAUGGCGGGACGGAAUGAAAAUGAGUUUCAGGGUCAGAAUUGGAAGCAGAUCUGCUCUAACCCCCAAGCUAAACUCCUUCUCAAUUUGGUGUUUAGCACCGUUUGA